UCUCACUGCUAUUUCAGUCACCGUUUUGGUGUCGAUCCGUGUGGUUAGGCUUUCCGCGGUUUAUCUUCGAAUUCUCGAAUAAAACUAAUAAAAGACAUCGUUGUUUUACUAUCAGUAAAUACCGAACAAUGAAGAAAUCGUCUAUUAUAUAUUUUGAACGCAAAUGAGGAUGAAAACGAACAAAUUGACAAGAGCCAGAAGAAAUUGUUUAUUAUAUAAAAAGCACCGUCUAUUUUGGAAACGUGUAUUUUUCAAUUAUUGAUCAAUGCGAUCUGGCAGAAAAACAUUUCGUUACGGAACGGUCGAUUACGUUUUCGCGUCGAUGACCGGCCCAACGCGAACAGUCUGCGGGCUUCGUUGCAGUAUACCGUCUCAAAAUACGGGACGCUGUCCCUGCAUUAAGGGAAGAAUUGGCCCCGUCCCAGGCCUGCACUGAACGCAUCGCCACCUCACCUCCCCAGGACUGCACUGAACGUACCGCCACCUCACCGCCGCUUAGUCGAUGCGGUAUGUGGUUCACGGUUGCAGCCGCACGCGUGGUACCGUACGCGCACUACGCGUGCGGUAUCCUGGUAUCCACCAGAAACGGCGUCUGGACGCCGUCAAUCGGCCAAUCGUCGCGUCACGUCGUCGCCAUUUUCCACUCGUCUACAUUGUACAAACACUACGAACAGCAGUCAGCAGGUCGUUCUGUGUAUCCCGCCUUAGUCCGUAAACUACGUUUUUUGUUUUAAACUUCUUGUUCUUUCUAAUAUCCAUCCGUAUUCGUCCCGGCAUUGCUGCUUCAUCGCUGAGUGUAUUCCUCACGUGCCUACAAGCAUCGCCUACUUGAUCAUUACUAUUAGCCGUCAUACAGCAAUUCUAUCGUUCGCGUAGUUCGAUAAUAUAUUAUAAUCAUUGUGUUUCCAGUUCGACGGAAUAGUUUUGUCCUCCGGUGCACGUCGUCGUAGUUUUGUUGUUUACAACGAUCAAAUUGUUCGUGUACGCCAUUGUUACUAGUGUGCGCCAAUAAGACGUACUGUGUUGUAUAAUUUUGAAUAUAUUAUUUAUAAAAACAUAUAUCAGUUACAAUGCGUCAUUGUUUUCUUUGCAAAGAAAAAUUGAGCGGUAUUUUCGUUCGAUUAACCGCAACUAAAACUCCAUACUCUCGUGUUUUGCUUCCUCAAUUGAUUGCUAAUAUUCUUGGAAAAGAUUUUGUUAUCGUUGUUAACAAAAACGAUUAUGCAUGUAAGAAAUGUACAUGUCUUUUGAACCAUGUAGACAAGUUAGAUUUCGAACUGAAACUUAUCCAAAAUGCAAUGUUAUCAUUUUUUAGAAAAAAUCAUGGUAUAUCCGUUAGAGAUGAGGAUGUUGAGGCUGUUAAAAAGGACAAGGAAUGUUUGAAGGAUGUCAAAUUACCAAAAGAGUCAAAUCCUUUAAAAUCAAAAGAACCUCAUAAUGUCCCUAUUAAACAAGUUAAAAAUCCAAUUACAGUUUCGGAUGAUAAAAACAAGACACUACAAGUAACAUCCUCAAAGAAAAAAAUACCAGCUGAAGAACUGCCAAAGCAUCAAAUACCGACACAACAACCCCCAGGUAAACGGUUGCGAGUAAUGUCGCCACAUCAAGAACCGGAGCAGGUACAACAACAGGACCGAUUUGAACUAACAAAAAAUAAACUCAUGAAACAACAACUAGCUUUCUUGAACAGAACAAAUGUAUCCAAGUUCACUGGACAUGUUCAAAAUGAAAUGCCUACUCAUUCAAAGAAGGUACAACAAGAAAAUCCCAUUUUGAAUCAAAAUAAAGCUAAAAUAUUAACUCCUCAGGAACAGCAACUGAAGAUAUAUAAAUGCCAAAUGUGUGACAAAAUUUUUGGUAACCCAAACAAUUGUAUUAGCCACAUAAAUAUUGAUCAUUUUAAGUUAACUUCAAAUAAGUUGAAAUUAACAACAGAAAAUGUUGGUCCAAGUACUUCUGGAACUGUCAAAAAUGAUGUCACUAAAAGAAGAAAAAGUAUCUGAAAAUAAAAAGGAUUUAGUCAAGUCUCAACAAAAAGAUUUGGUGAAUAUAAAUUCUAUGUUGACUGCAAUCCAUUUUGAAAAUCCUACAUGCAAUAAGAAU